UGUGUUUUGGGGGGUGGAGAAGAACGCAAAGAGGUCAGGAGGAGGAGAAACCACGUGUGAUUGCCAUGUUCAGCGUUGACUGUCCUUCCUCUGUAGACUUGUUUUUGUAAGAUCGUACCCUCUGCAUGUAGCUGGCUAGCCUGUUAGCUAAAUAAGGAGUAUUUAACAGAUUCACAUAGCAAUUUUGAACAACGGAUUUUUGUUGCCACCUUUGACUAACUAGCUGCCAAAUAAUGGUGAGCAAGACAGAUGACAUCCCGGCGUCAGUACCCAACUGUAAUGUUAACACAGUUGAUCUUGUAGGAGAGACGCCAGACCGCAAAGAGACCUCCAAGGGACCACACAAGGACCCUUGUGGGCACAGUGUAGACACGGCGGUGAUGAAUGGGGGUGGGGCCCACGAUCUUUCGGAGGAGGAGUCCAAGCAGGAUGGGGCUGGUGACACAGAUGGUGGGGAGGAUUCUAACGAACAGGAAGUGAUUGUGAUUCAGGAUACAGGUUUCACUGUGAAGAUCCAGGCACCCGGGACGGAGCCUUUUGACCUCCAGGUUUCACCCCAGGAGAUGGUGCAGGAGAUCCACCAGGUGUUGAUGGACCGUGAGGACACCUGCCAUCGUACCUGUUUCUCCCUGCAGCUGGACGGCAACGUGCUGGAUAACUUUGCUGAGCUGAAAUCCAUUGAGGGCCUGCAGGAGGGCUCCCUUCUCAAAGUAGUGGAAGAGCCCUACACAGUGCGCGAGGCCCGUAUCCACGUGCGUCACAUCAGAGACCUGCUGAAAGGUCUGGACCCGUCUGAUGCCUACAACGGCGUGGACUGCAACUCCCUCUCCUUCCUCAGCGUCUUCACCGACGGAGACCUGGGAGACAGUGGUAAGCGGAAGAAGAAGGGCAGUGAGCUGGAGCAGAUAGACUGUACCCCUCCAGAACACAUCCUGCCUGGCAGUAAAGAGCGCCCCCUGCUGCCUCUCCAGCCACAGAACAAGGACUGGAAGGUAAUAAUGACGCCCAUGCAGUGCCUGAAGGUCCUGACUAUGAGUGGCUGGAACCCCCCUCCUGGCAACAGGAAGAUGCACGGUGAUCUCAUGUACCUGUAUAUGGUGACUGUUGAGGAGAGACACAUCAGUAUCACCGCCUCUACACGUGGCUUCUACCUCAACCAGUCGACCACGUACACCUUCAACCCCAAGCCAGCCAACCCCAGCUUCCUCAGCCACUCGUUGGUUGAGCUGCUGAGCCAGAUAAGCCCUGCCUUCAAGAAGAACUUCACUGCCCUGCAGAAGAAAAGGGUUCAGCGGCAUCCAUUUGAGAGGAUAGCCACACCCUUCCAGGUGUACAGUUGGACCGCCCCCCAGGUGGACCACACCAUGGACUGUGUCAGAGCUGAGGACGCUUACACCUCCCGUCUGGGCUACGAGGAACACAUACCUGGACAGACGCGAGACUGGAAUGAGGAGCUGCAGACGACCAGAGAGCUGGCCCGGAAGAACCUGCCUGAACGCCUGCUGAGAGAGAGGGCCAUCUUCAAGGUCCACAGUGACUUUGCGGCUGCUGCCACUCGCGGUUCCGUGGCGGUGAUUGACGGCAACGUGAUGGCCAUCAACCCUGGCGAGGAGACACGUAUGCAGAUGUUUAUCUGGAACAACAUCUUCUUCUCCCUGGGCUUCGACGUCCGUGACCACUACCGCGAGCUGGGCGGGGACGCUGCCGCGCACGCUGCGCCCACCAACGACCUCAACGGUGUCCGGGCUUACGGGGCCGUAGACGUGGAGGGGCUGUACACCCUGGGGACCGUGGUGGUGGACUAUCGUGGUUACCGUGUCACGGCCCAGUCGAUCAUCCCAGGCAUUCUGGAGAGAGAGCAGGAGCAGAGCGUUAUCUACGGGUCUAUUGACUUUGGGAAGACAGUGGUGUCUCAUGGGAAGUACCUGGAGCUUCUGGAGAGGACCAGUCGACCACUCAAGGUUCAGAGACACAAUGUGCUGAAUGAGAAGGAUGAGUCCAUGGAGCUGUGUUCCUCUGUUGAGUGUAAGGGCAUAAUCGGCAACGAUGGACGCCACUACAUCUUGGACCUUCUGAGGACCUUCCCCCCCGACCUGAACUUCCUGCCUGUGGAAGGGGAGGAGCUUUCCCCUGAGAGUGUGAGACAGGGUUUCCCACGCCAGCACCGCCACCGCCUGGCCUGCCUCCGACAGGAGCUCAUCGAGGCCUUCGUUGAGCACAGAUACCUCCUCUUCAUGAAGAUGGCAGCGCUCCAGCUGAUGCAGCAGAAAGCCAACAAGGAGAGGAAGCUGGCCACCCUGACAGAGAACAGCAGCCCCGGGGCAGCCGUUCCAGCCCUGCCCUCCACAGAGACCCCCGAUGGCUCGGCCGAGUCCUCAGAAACUUCCACAGAAACCCUCACUGACGCCAACUCAGACGCAGCCCAGACAGAGACCACCUCCACCUCUGAUGCCCCUCAGGCAGCAGCGACAGAAACCACCACCACAGAAGCAGCCCCCAAGACAGAGCCAAUGACAGAAACAGACAGUUCAGCUACAACAACCACUAAUGCCUCCCAGGCAACCCCUAUAGAGGUUAAUGUGGUUCCCAUGGUGACCACCAAUGGGCCGUUGGUGCCCUUUGCCACAGCGAUUCAGAACGGGGAGUGCGAGAGCCCUCUGGAGGGUAAGGCUGAGGAUAUUAUCCCGGGCUUAGCCCAGGCGAAAGAGCUGGCUGAGUCCUUAGCCGCGGAAGAUGGAUCAGGUAUCGACCCUAAAAGCCGAGAGGUGGUCCUCAAUGCCUGCAAGGCCGUGGGUUCCAUCAGCAACACCUCCUUCGACAUCCGCUUCAACCCAGACAUCUUCUCUCCAGGAGUGCGUUUCCCUGAGGACAGUGCAGAUGACAUUCAGAAACAGAAGCAGCUGUUGAAGGAUGCUGGAGCCUUCCUGGUGUCCUGUCAGAUCCCGUCUCUGGUGAAGGACUGUCUGGACCACAGUGCUCUGCCCAUGGAUGGAGCCACGCUGACCGAGGCGCUGCACCAGAGGGGCAUCAACGUGCGUUACCUAGGCAACGUGCUGGCGUUAGUGGACAAGACCCCAGCCAAGGCACAGCUGGAGCACUUCUAUAGAAUAGGUAUCAGCGAGUUAAUCACCAGAUGUGCGAAACAUAUCUUCAAGACAUACCUCCAGGGUGUUGAGUUGUCGGCCCUCUCUGCCGCUGUCAGCCACUUCCUCAACUGCUUCCUGUCCUCCUUCGAUGCCGUGGCACACCUGCCUGCCGACGAGCUCGUGUCGCGCCGCAAGAACCGUAAGCGCCGUAACCGCGUCCCGGGGGGAGGGGACAACACUGCGUGGGCCAGCCUGACACCCAGCGAGCUGUGGAAGAACAUCGUCUCUGAGGCCCAGAGCUACUACCACUUCACUCUGCACUGCGAGAAUGCUGACCAGGUAGUGGAGAAAUACGGCCUUCAGAAGAUCACCCUGCUCAGAGAAAUCUCCAUCAAAGCUGGCAUCCAGAUCCUGAUAAAGGAGUAUAACUUUGACAGUCGCCACAAGCCUGCCUUCACAGAGGAGGACAUCCUUAACAUCUUCCCUGUGGUGAAGCACGUCAACCCCAAGGCCUCCGAUGCCUUUCACUUCUUCCAGAGUGGACAGGCCAAGGUCCAGCAAGGUUACCUGAAGGAGGGCUGUGAGUUGAUCAACGAGGCUCUGAACCUGUUCAACAACGUGUACGGGGCCAUGCACGUAGAGAUCUGUGCCUGCCUGCGUCUGCUGGCUCGCCUCAACUACAUCAUGGGAGACCACCACGAGGCUCUUAGUAACCAACAGAAGGCUGUCUUGAUGAGUGAGAGAGUACUGGGCGUCGAGCACCCCAACACGAUCCAGGAAUAUAUGCACUUGGCUCUGUACUGCUUUGCCAACGGUCAGCUGUCCACUGCCCUGAAGCUGCUGUACCGUGCUCGCUACCUCAUGCUGAUGGUGUGUGGGGAGGACCACCCCGAGAUGGCGCUUCUAGACAGUAACAUUGGCCUGGUGCUGCACGGAGUAAUGGAGUACGACCUGUCUCUGAGGUUCUUGGAGAACGCCUUGGCCAUCAACUCCAAAUACCAUGGACCCCGCUCCCUCAAAGUAGCCCUCAGUCAUCAUCUGGUUGCGAGGGUUUACGAGAGCAAGGCAGAGUUCCGCUCUGCGCUCCAGCAGGAAAAGGAGGGCUACACUAUCUACAAAAACCAGGUGGGAGAGGCCCACGAGAAGACUAAAGAGAGCUCCGAGUACCUGAAGUACCUCACACAGCAGGCUGUGGCUCUGCAGAGAACCAUGAACGAGAUCUACAAGAACGGCUCCAAUGCCAGCAUCAUGCCACUCAAGUUCACAGCACCCAGUAUGGCCAGUGUUCUAGAGCAGCUCAAUAUCAUCAACGGCAUCAUCUUUAUACCCCUCAGCCAAAAGGACUUGGAGAACCUGAAGGCGGAAGUCCAGCGGCGGCAGCAGCUUCAGGAGUCAGGGAAGAGCGUGGAGGAUCUCACUGUGGAUAGUCCACUAGAGCUGGAGGACAAAAUACCCAUGGACGUUAACGUUGAUUAACGUCACACGCUCCACACCACACUACUUUCUGCAAGGGAGAGGACGUGAUGCAACAGCCAUCUUCUUGAAUGAACAUGUGGACCUGAGCUGUCUAAAAAUCAACAAUGAAAACAAAAGGGGUGAGGGGCAGACGAGGAGAAACAUCUAUGUAUACAGUAGGUAUAGAGUUUAUAAGAGGAACUUCAAGGAGUAACAGAGCAGGAGUUACAGUAUAUACAGGCGUAGGAGAAUAUGGAAUCCAUGUUAACAUGUUCAAUCUGAAAGCCUACAGCCUCAAGAGCUUUGGUAAAGAAGCAGAAUGAAUGUAAACUUGAUUGCUGCCGUGUAAAUGUGUGAGAGAAGGCGACCAAGGACGACCAUGACAUUGUAUUACCAGAGCCUUAUCCACUGUUCAUCCCACUCCACAUCAACCAACUGUUCCCCCUACCCAAGGACCACUUUUUACCCCUCCAACACCUCCAAAACUCCUGAAAAAGCCACUGAGGCAACUACGGCUUCCAAUUUCACCAUGGCCCCAUGUUUCCUCGAAAAUAACAUCUGACACCCUGUCCCAAAACUCAGGGGAUUUUUUUUCUUCUACUGUGUGCUAGGUGAGAUUAAAGUCACUAAAAUUCAGAGAUUUCUCUGUUUUGGGCCACAGAAUGUAAACUCCCUUCUCUUGCGUUUAGUCUUGUUAAACCUCCACACCAAUCACCCAUUUACUCUUGAGUGUCCCCUAUGGUCAGUCAAAAACUAUUUGUAUUUCAUGGUUUUAUCAUGAGUUGCUGCUGUGUCCGUUGGUUCUAUCGCCGCAAAACAGACGGUGACGCAUGUAUGCUCUCAAUCAAUCUUUUGAUUGUUACACCUUUUUUUAGUAAAAAUUUAUCUUUUUGUAAAAGCAAAAUGGAAACGAGGGAGACGCCAUUUUUAGGUCUGUCAAUUAUCCAUUAAUUUAAAGGUAGAGUCAGUGAUAUGAUGUAUGUGCACAAAGUAAACGGCGUAGUGGGUCAAUUUCCGCAACAACUAAGAGCGUUGAAGCACAAGGCUAAACUCGCCCACUUUUAGUCGCGUACCUACCACACUGGAACAGUUUGAAGUGAACCCAUGCACAUGCGCUGAUACUGUGGGAGCAAAGUCAUGUGCCUCGCUCAUUGCAUUAUCUGCGGUGUUGCUCGUGGCAACAUCAUUUCGCUGAGUCUACCUUUAAGCCAUGUCUGUUUUUAUAGAAAAUAUGAGUGGAAAAGAUGUAUAAAUAAAACUGUCUAUGGGGUUUAGACAGAUAUUUGAUCAGUGUUGAUGGAAAUAUAGAUAUGAAACGUACAACUAUGGCUUGAGCAGUAGACCUAUAUAGGUCUCUUAUGUUAGAUGUGUCCAGUCUUCUAUUUUUCUUCCACUUUGAAAGAAUAUGUGCAUGUAUGUUUUUGUUUGUGUAGUCCGAGAGAUAUGGCCAUGAUGAUUUUGACACUUGCAGCUUCGUAGUAUAAUGACUAGGUUGGGUAAGCCACAAGUUUCCAAAUGUUUUAUUUUUAUAUGCAAUGGCUGUGUUUACACAGGAAGCCAAAUUCAGAUAUUUUGUCCAAUUAUUGGCAAAAGAUCUGAUUGGUCUAAAGACCAAUUAGUGGCAAAAAUAUCAGAAUUGGGCUGCCCGUGUAAACAAAGCCAUAGUAAAACCAUGGGACGGCUAAUGCAAACUUCCAUUCUCAUGUAACAUUCUUGGCCAGCAAUGUUGUAAAUCUGCUCAUAUGAAGUGAGUAUAUGAGAAACUUAUAGUGAGUAUAUGAGAAAUUCCCUAUCAUUUGAUAGAAUAGACUAAACCAUGGCCAUAGACUUGUUUGUCUGUUUCAAAAAAGUAAACUGUUAUGUUUCCAUUGUUUGGUAAACCCAUUCAACAAGUUGACAGUAAAUCGGGCCACAGCUGGCGAUGUAUGAACAAAGUUUCCUCUUCAGUAUUUAGUGCACUUUCCAGUGCUGUCUGUCUGAAUGCAUACACACACACAGCACCACCAAAAGUGGGUUGAGAAGGGCUUCUUCAAUAUACCAAAGAAGACGACUGAUCGAGGUGUGUUUUGUGUGCUCUUGUGUACGACCCUCCUUUGCAAAUGUCUUUCUAAAAAUUGUUGCGGUGUCUAAAUGUAUGUGAUUAAAGCAAUAGAAACGAUGCUGGAACUGAUCCUUUUGAAGUGCUGCACUUGUGUGGCUGCACAAACUGCUGUCAUUGUAAGUAAAAGGCUGUCGCCAAGAGAGGGGACAGAACAGUUACUGUAAUGAAUUUCUUGAUUAUUAUGCUCUUAAAAAGCUGGGACAAUAGAACUUUGUGAUUUUUGUGCCUAUUUAUGCUUUUCAAAACGUUUAAAAAUGUUUUUUUUUUUUUUGCUCAUGUUUUCAUAGGGAUACCAUUGGUUUCCUUUUUGAAAUAUGUAUAUCUGCAUUUCCUUCUCAGGUUCAACUUCCUCCAUGAAUGUCAGUCCUGUCUUGCAUUACACUUAGUGGGCAUGGGGUGGUGCUCUAGAGUACUUCAGAAACAAUCGAGAAGGCUUUAUUCGUGUGAAAUAAUUUUGUCCCAUACGGAUGUUCACAAGCAUAUCUCAAUGCUAGUGUGUAACUAUUCCACAUGCUUCUCAUUCACUGGACGUUGAGGAAAGAAAAAAGUAUUUGAUGGAAUUGUGACGAUAUGAACCCGAAAAAUGUCAAAGACUACUGCUUGAUGAACAUUGAACUUGUUGAAACCUUUACAAAAGACUGUUAUAUGAGAUUUUGGCCAUUUCUGAUAGAAUAAACUCAUCUAGAGUGAUCAAAAAUA